CGAGCUAAAGCUAACAGACACUCGAAACUUGUACUGUGUGUGUCUGUGUGUGUGUGUGUUUGAGGCCAAACAACGAAUAACCGGACCUUCAUCAUGGCCACCGUGAAUUAAACGGGUGAUUAUGUGAUAGCCGCCACCUGUUCUCUGCCAUUACUUCUACUGUGACUCCGUCCAAUGGGAGUGAACGGAGAGACUGGAGGCGGAGAAAAGAGGGAGAGAAGUUGGAGGAGAGUGAGAGACGCGGAGCUGUGUGGAGUGGAAGUCAGUCAAGACUCACGGUAAAUCUCAGUCUCCACGGAUCAUCUCUGACCGUUACCACACGUUCUCGGUGUCUCUCUCUCUCUCUCUUUUUUUUUCUAGCGCUCUUUUUUUAAUUUUAUUUUAUUUUUUAAUAUUUUGAAUUCCUUCCUGAUUUUCGUUCGGAUGUCGCCGCUCAUUUUUGACGCGCAGCCACAGGUUGACCGAUUAAAUCCCGUCACCGUGGAUUAUACCUCAUCAUCUCGCCUCGACCGUCAGUGACAGCAUCGACAUGGGCACCGUGCAGAGAUUAGUGAUGCCACACAGAGGGAAACAAACUGAUCAGUGAUCCAGAUAACCGACACACGGAGGCAACAUCCGCCAGGAGCCACGCACUAUUUCCCCAGCGCAGAGGAGCGAGUACCUGUGGAGGAGCCGGAUGAAGGGAGGAAGGAAGGCAGGCUGGAUGAUGGGAUGGCCGUGACAACAUGAAAAAGAAAAAGUGCAGUGCUGUAUUUUCAUCCAGCCACAUUCAACACAACUGACCCGGGGGACUGGGACUGAGAGAGGAGAGGUAGGAGACAGGUGUGUGGCCCCAGCUGUGACCAUGGACCCUCCUCCCUCCUUGAGCUUGGCUCUCCUAGGAGGAAGUGAAGAAGAGGAGCAGCGUCUCCUCUUUCCCCUGGGCAUUAUACCCCACCCUUCCAACGUUGGCAACCAGCCAGGUUCAAACCACUCCAACCACAUGGGAGGAUCCAGCCUCGAUCGCCUCAACGGCAGCACGCCAUCCCCCGCCACGCCCAGCUUACCUUCAUCCACACUUCCAAAGUUACCCCUGUCCUCUUCGGGAGUUCAGCCGCUGCCGCCGACCAUCCCCAAUGCCCUCCACCCAACCUGCACCCCCUUGUCCUCUUGCCUGGGCUCUCAGCACAGCCUGAGCGGCGACAACUCCCCGAUCUACAACGCCCUCUUCUACUCCUCCCACUCACCCUCCAUGGACCGGGAGCGAGACAGAGAGCGUGAACGAGAGAGAGAGAGGGGUUGCAAACACAGACAAGCUAGCCCGCUGGUUCACCGCAGGGACAGCAACCCUUUCACGGAGAUCGCCAUGAGUUCUUGCAAGUACACGGGCGGAGUCAUGAAGCCCCUCAGCCGCCUGAGCGCCUCGCGCCGCAACCUCAUAGAAUCCGACAGCAGCAGUGAAACCAAAGAGGGCGGUGUUUCAGCUGUUGCUGGGGCGACGGGCAGCGUUGGCCAUGACCGACCACGGGAUGCCCACCCCACGUCUGUGGUGGCCCAGUCCUCCACCAAUCAACCCCCAAUCCAGAGCCCUCCAGAGAUUGUCAUUUCAUCCAAAGAAGACUUGCCAUACCCCAGAGCGGGAUACGACAUCGGUGACUCCUCGUCCAACCAGGUGUCCAUCUACCACCAGAACCACGCACUGGUGGAGAGCAGGAGGGCACAUUCAGGGCGGAACCGACAAGGAGCGGGCGGAGCUGCGGGCACAGGGGCCCGGAGCGGCACGUCAAAGGCCUCGAAACGGAAGAACCAAAACAUUGGCUACAAACUGGGCCACAGGAGGGCGUUGUUCGAGAAGCGGAAGCGGCUGAGUGACUAUGCCCUCAUCUUUGGAAUGUUUGGGAUCGUUGUCAUGGUGAUUGAGACGGAGCUGUCAUGGGGCGUGUACACAAAGAGCUCCAUGUACUCCCUGGCCCUGAAGUGUCUGAUCAGCCUGUCCACCGUCAUACUGCUUGGCCUCAUCAUAGCCUACCAUGCGCGGGAGGUUCAGCUGUUCGUCAUCGACAACGGAGCGGACGACUGGCGCAUCGCCAUGACCAUGGAGAGGGUUCUGCUGAUCGCGCUGGAGCUGCUGGUGUCCGCCGUGCACCCGGUGCCGGGCGACUUCAAGUUUCAGUGGCGGGCGCGGCUGGCCUUCUCGUAUGCGCCGUCGCAGGCCGAGGCUGACCUGGACAUGGUGCUGAGCGUGCCCAUGUUCCUACGUCUCUACCUCAUCGCCAGGGUCAUGCUCCUGCACAGCAAACUCUUCACUGACGCCUCCUCCAGGAGUAUAGGUGCCCUAAAUAAGGUGCAUUUCAACACACGCUUCGUCAUGAAAACCCUCAUGACCAUCUGCCCCGGGACGGUGCUGCUGGUCUUCAGCAUCUCCUUGUGGAUCAUCGCGGCCUGGACGGUGCGGGUGUGUGAGAGGUGAGGUGACGCGGCGGCUCAGUCUGACCGUGUUUGUGGUCAGACGUGGAGUGUUGGGGUUUUCAUUUUGUUGAUUAAUAGAUGGAAAUUGCACCGGCGUGUUUUUGCGCAGUAACCUCGCAGUAAUCACAGUAAGUCGUCUUGAUUUAUCGUUAGAUCAGAACCUGCGUUGUGAUUUAAUGAUAAAUGAAGGCGAUCGUAUGGUCAGAAAUGGGACGUUUGUGUAUUUACGCACUGUUCCUUUACUGCCUGGACCGUAUCCAUCUGUCAUCAACCAGGAGAUCAGACAUGACAGGGCGGAUGACGAGUGA